AUGAUAGAAAACAUUAUAGAAAGUUUAACUAUAAAUACAAUUUCUACUAUUCUAGACCUAGUUCCUGCUCAAAAUUUCAUUGCUGCUUCUUCAGUUCAAAAUAGAAUAAUCAGGGAGAUCGUUGUUCCAGAUGCACCACCACCAAAUGCUGUGGCACAGUAUAAAGUAACAGAAGCCAUUGUUAAAAUAAAUAGUGAAAUUGAGAAAUGUCAAAAAACCUAUAACAUGACAACCGACCAAGAGGUCAAGUUUAAAUUAUUAGAACACAUACAAUGUCUUAAGCAAACUCUCCAUACUAAGAGUGGGAAACUCCAAAGUCUUAAAAAAAAGGCUGAAUAUCAACAAAGAUAUCGUGAAAUAAAAGACAAAGAGUUACAAGAAAAUCAACAAGUGAUGAAAUACGAUUCGCCCAGGCGUCCUUCUUUAUUGUUCAAGCAUCCAGACUUGCUUAAACAAAUUCAUAAUAGUAUAGAGUUUGGGGCUGCUGAUUGCAAAAGGAGAAAGGAAACAAUAAAAGUUAGAACUAUAAACCAUCUACGUGAUGAAUUAGAAAAAAAUUAUAAUGAGCAUAUCUCUUAUACUACAGUGUGUAAUUACCUGUUACCACGUCAUCAAAAUUCUAUAGUGGCAAGAAAGCACCAUCAUCUGACUAAUGUUCAGGUCACAUCUAUCUCAAGAAAUGAAAUGAAAGAACAUCCGAACGGUCAUUAUUGCCUUGCCUCCAUCAAGGCAGCAAGGCAAUUUGCUGCCCUGUUUCCAAUCUUUUCAGUAAUUGUGUUCCAAGAUGAUAAAGCCAAAAUCCCACUCGGCAUUCCUGCAGUUGGCAAAACUUUCAAAGCCAUACAAAGUGCUAAUGAGCCAACAACUCUUCCGGAUCAUGAUUUCCCUGUUGGCUCGAAACAGAAGCUCAUUCCUUCCAUUUAUCUCUUGAUUGAUCCAAAUGAUACAAAUGACACCCUUAGAAGUGGUCAACUGUCAAUAUAUAUCCAUUCACAAUAUGAAAUAGGAACAAGUGCUAUGACGUAUAUGAGCGAUCUACAGUCAUUAGUAAAUAACAGCCAUUUCGACAAUAGGCUAAAGGUUGAUGAUAAAAUUAGACCCAUCUGGGUUCUCAUUGUAGAUGGGAGUCCAGAUGAAAAUCUCCGCCACUUAAAAAAUAUUUACCAAUAUUGCAACAUGUUUCGUUCCUUUGAUUUGGACUAUUUGACUGUUAGGACUUAUGCUCCAAGCCAAUCGGCGUACAAUCCUGUUGAAAGAAGCAUGGCACCACUUUCAAACAGACUUGCGGGUAUAGUUUUACCUGUGGACCAUUACGGUUCCCACCUUAACUCACAAGACCCUAUUUUUGGAAAGCCAGUUAUAACUGAGUAUGUUGAUAUAGAAAACAUUCCAUUUCCGAAUGUUGAGUUUCCAGAGUUGGAAAAUAAUAUUGAUAAUUAUAAUGUUAGUGAUCUUCUUGCUACCAAUAAUGGCUUUCUUUUGCCUCUUGUAAUGGGAAAAGACAGCCAUUAUGUUAACUCAAUUCAUCUAUUAGAGUACUAUGACAAGGGAAAAAUACCAG